CGGAGCUGGCGAGUGAGUCGUAGUCACUUCCCACCUGUUGUUGUUGUGUCCGCCUCGCUCUAGAGUCCUCGCUCCCCGCUCCGCCCGGCUUCGCUUUUAUCGUGGCCACGAAUUUACAAUCACGCUAUCCUCGCGGGACGCACAGCGUGCACAGCGCGGCGUGCUCAGUCGCCAUCGCCACCGGCAGCGGCCCCGCGGCCCCGGACACCGUCUGCACCUGCCCGUCAACGCGCCGCCAUGCUUCGACGCAGCUGGUCCAUUCAGCAGCAGCGCUCUGCCCUCCUGUUCCUGCAGCAGAGCAGGCUCUCACACGCACAAGUGCAACUCAAGGAAAUCCUGGAUGAAACUCUGGGUGGAAUCAAGUCUGCGGGCACAUGGAAGGAAGAGCGUAUAAUUCAAACGCCCCAGAAAGUUGCAGUCAGGGUGCAAAAUGUCAAAUCUCCCAUCCUAAACUUUUGUGCUAACAAUUACCUCGGUCUUGCAAACAAUCGAGAAGUCAUAGAAGCCUCUAAAGAAGCUCUUGACAAAUAUGGAGCUGGCCUCAGCUCAGUUCGCUUUAUCUGUGGCACCCAGGACAUUCACAAGGAGCUUGAGGGGAAAAUUGCAAAAUUCCAUGGCAGAGAGGAUGCCAUUCUAUACAUAAGCUGCUUUGAUGCGAAUGCAGGAAUAUUCGAAGUUUUACUUGGGCCUGAAGACGCAGUUUUCUCAGAUGAACUCAACCACGCUUCACUUAUUGAUGGAAUUCGCUUGUGCAAAGCAAAAAAGAACCGGUACAAACAUAGAGAUAUGGAAGACUUAGAGAGGCAACUGAAAGACAGUUCAAGCAGCAGGAUUAAACUGAUUGUCACAGAUGGUGUCUUCUCUAUGGACGGCACUGUGGCACCUCUCCCACAAAUCGUUGAGUUGGCAGAGAGAUAUGGCGCCUUGACCCUCAUCGAUGAAUGCCAUGCUACAGGGUUUUAUGGAAGCACUGGCCGAGGAACUGAAGAGUACCAUGAAAUAAGUGGAAAGAUUGAUAUUAUUAAUUCAACAUUGGGAAAAGCCCUUGGUGGGGCAGCAGGUGGCUACACAACAGGAAGUACUGAAUUGAUUCAGCUUUUAAGACAGCGAUCUCGCCCAUACCUGUUCUCCAACUCUCCUCCACCAGCUAUUACAGCAACAGCCAGCAAGGUGUUUGACCUACUGCAGUCGCCAAACCAACUGAUAUCCAGACUAAAGACAGGGACAGAGAAGUUCAGGAUGAUGAUGAAGGCAGCUGGAUUCACGAUAUCAGGGGACAACCACCCUAUUUGCCCGGUCAUGAUUGGUGACGCGGCACUUGCAGCACAAUUCGCUGAGAAAAUGUUGGGUAGAGGAGUGUAUGUAGUAGGAUUCAGCUACCCAGUCGUCCCACAUGGGAAGGCAAGAAUCCGAGUCCAAAUUUCGGCAGCCCACACAGAGGAAGACAUUGAUUAUUGUGUGGAUGCCUUUGUUGCUAUAGGACGUGAGCUGAAACUAAUUUCGUGAAAUCCAAAAUGCUGAUUUUGUUUUAAAGUUGAAAAUCAAUUAUUUUUUCUACAUGAUGCAAGUAAAUAUAUAUGUAUUUACAAAUUUUGUACAUAGAGUUAACCAAUAAUGAUAAAUAACUCAAGUAUGCUUUGUACAUAAAACUCUCAAAAAAUAAAUAAUAUUUCUAUCAUA